AUGACGACUCUGAGGAUCUAUAUUUUUGUGCUGGGAACGUUGGCUUUGGGUGGAAUGGCGCGGGCAGGAACGAAGACGAAAUGUGAUGUGGUCAGGUCGCUGAAAGCUGCGAAUGUAGGUGACUCGGAAAUCAGAGAUUGUGAGUAGAGUUUUUUUAAAAAAUCUCAAAUAAAAAGGGGCGUCAUCUGGGACUAAUUUUUAAGGGAAAGCCGUUAUAAAUAUCAUAUCUUAUCUUGCUGCAGCAAUAUGGAAAGAAUGUUCCUACUAAUAUAAAUGUCAUUUAACAGAUUAAUAUUUUUUGCUUUAGUUAGCAUGCGCGAUGUUGAACCGUGCGUUUCCGUGUGCGCUUCUUCAGUUCAGGCCACAACUAUUUCAUAAUUAUAAGUUCCGCUACUUAUUAGCCUCGUACUUUUUUCGUCCUUAGGGCUUUGUUUGGUAAAACACGAGAGUAACUUCCGAGAUGAUGCUGUCAAUACGAACAGCGACGGAUCAAAGGAUUAUGGGAUAUAUCAACUGAACAACAGAUACUGGUGUGAUCGGGGAAACAGCCGAUACACUAGAUGUUGGCAGAUAAAUUCCUUUGGUUGUGGUUACAGAUGUCGUGGUAAAAGUCAAUAUAGCUUAUUAGAUCAUCCUAACUUCACUGGUUAAAGGGGCUGUGUCACGGCAGUCCAGUUCAUUUUGUUUAAUUUUGCCAAUUAGUCGCCCUCAGUCGCUAUGAGCAAAGAAAGCAAAGAAAUUACAUGUAAAUGACAAAAUCAGAGAUCCGAGACUAACAAAUAUGUCUCCUGAGCACUGACUGUUAGGCUGAACAGUUUUCAAAAACCCUAAUUUCAAUCCGUUUCAGUCUUCUUCAGUUUUGCCCAUCCGUGGCAUCUCUUGUUUCUGUUAUGUUAUUUUAACCUUCCUUUAAAGUUUUAAGCGGUUCUUUUUAUGUUUCCCUUAAUUUAACGGGCAUUUUGUAAUUUCCUAAUUUGGCUGAAUUUCGUGACACAGCUCCUUUAAUGCGACUUUUGUUUCAGUUUUUAAUCAGUCAAGACAAAAUAAUCAGGCCUUUACUCUAUAGUGCCAUUUGAGUAGGAGGUCCAGGUAUAGCCCCCACUCCGCCCCCUACCUUUUGGGGACAAAUUUAAUCUAACAUGCAACAACAGUUUAUUUCUACACGGUAAACAGACAACUAAAAUAAUUUGCAAAAAAAUAACUAUACACUAGGGGUACCUUCCGGCAAAUACCAACGACGUGAACUCGUUUAUCUGUGGAAUGUGCCUAUCCAGAUCUUCGCGAUUUGUUACAUAAUUCUAGAGGUUUACAAAGGAUUUCGCUAUAGAAAAGGAUGGCGCUCGACUUUAGAAAAAAAACUGCUGUACAUUCUAGGCCAGUUUCACUUCUACAAAAAAAAUAACAACAUGUCUUGAAGUAAUAUAUCAAGCAUGAGACGCAGUGUUUCAUCACCAGAUGAAACACCGAGAAGAUUGAAAAUACGACGCCAAGCGGAGUAUUUUUGACGAACUUCUAGGUGUUUUAUCUGGUGAUGAAACACUGUGUCAAAUGCUUGAUAGUACUUCUCAAACAAAAUGAUUUUCGAAGGAGAAAUAAAAAAUUAGCAGUUUUUCAUCUGAUAUCCAUCAAUUAUCUAUUAAUUUCCCUUGUAUUUUCUUUAUGAAUAAUUAUUAUGAGUCGUGAGAAGUUUUGUUGGUAAAUUGGAGCAAGUUAGCACUUACAUUUUAUGGAAAUUCAAGACUAUAAACUUUAGAAAGUAAAAUAUAGUUCAAGUGAGGUGUUUGACUUCAAAAAUUAAAAAUUGAAAUCAACACCAUAAGAAAAAAAAUAUUCUCAUGGUAAUUAUAAUAUGCAUAUGAAGAAAUUGGUGUAAGCAAAAUGUGUCACAAGCACAAUACUGGGCGGAAUGUAUCGGAGGUAUAAAAAUUAUAUAUAAACUUGAAUAAAAUACAAAGAUCUAAUGAGCGCUUGGCACAGGACAAAGAGUCUAUCGAAAGACAAAAUGAUUCAUGAUGAUGGUCCGCAAAUUCGUUGCAUUCCCCAAGGGAGUCUAGGGCUGUCUUCAAUGUAAAUCCAGCUGCAAAAGGAUACGCUGGUUGACAAAAAUCUCUCCAAGCGGGUAAAAAUAACUUCUAAAAAACAAAAGGUCCUUAAAGCAUUCCAUUCGCAUUCCUCACAAGAGGUGAGGACCGGCUCAAUGUAAAUCGAACUGCGAAGAUCACGCUGGUUCUGAUCAACGUUUUGAGAAUACAACCAAUUCCUUGAUUAGCUACCGCAUAAAUUUCAUUAAUUUACAAAGGAAAAGAUAACAUUGAAAACCUUGGUUUUGAAUUGUAAAGCGAACACGCUACCUCAAUGUAAAUCGAGCUGCGAACAACAAGCUGGUUCUGACAAAAAUUGUACCGUAAGACCCCAUUCCUUGAUCAGCUGCUGCUUUAAACUCAAUAUAUAAAUUGCUUACCUGUUAAGGCCUCUUGAACAGAAAACGAACAGCUGUACAGGGAUCACCCAAUUUCGAACCACGAGUUAUUGUAAAUACAAGGUCCUGACGUCACUGCCCAAAUAUGGGGUCUUACGUACACCCAAAUAUGGUCAAAAAUGCAAAUUUUAGAGGGUUACGCAGAGUUUCAGUUUUUGCCUACAUUGUGCGGGAUUAUGGCAAUAAGCAAUACAGUCAUACAGUAGUGAGGCACUCAAAAAAACUAAAAAGCCAAACUAGUUGGGUGACCGUAAUUAUAGUAAUUGAAAAUGUGAAAGUCAGGAAAGAGGCACAAUAGAUACAUUGGUACACAUAAAUAUCAUAAACUAACUUGAUACAAAAGUAUACAAAACAAAAUAAAUAUAUAAAUAUAAAGCAUGAAAAUAUCAGUAAGAUUAAUAGAAACAUAGACGGACACACGGGGACACCAAAAGAAGACUUAAUUAUGUGGGGAAGGUUACCCACGGUAACCGACAUUUCGCGCCACCAUUGUCGGAUGUUUUCUCAGGCUAGUCGUGAUGUGAAGAAAUGUUACUUGCAGACUUUAUCAACUCAGAAAUCACGUGGGAUACAGACUGUGCUGUCAAAAUUAAGAGAUGCAACAGCUUCAACAAGUGGUAG